UAAAAGCAUAUCUUUCUCAGUCAUAUAAGUGAGUGUGGGAGAAUGUUAAGCAUCAGUUCACCUUCGCCUUGAAAGAUGUCAACACUACUCCUCUCUUGCCUCCUCUUUCUGAGUGUGUGGGAGUGUGUCUCUGAGGAGAUUAGCUGUACUCCUUCAUGUGUUGGUAUUUCACCAGGAAUAAAGAUCGCUGAUCCAAAAAGCUGCCGUAAUUAUUAUAUUUGUUUAGUGGAUGAAAAAGUAUCUGAUUUUACAGUAGAAUGUUCCGAAGGGCAAAUAUUUGAUGCUGCAAAUAAAACAUGUGCAGAUGAUGGGAGGUGUGACGUAUGUGAUCCACCAUGCAAAUUUUCAUGUCCAGCAGACAUUACCCAAGUCGAAUUAGUUGCAGAUCGUAGCGAUUGCGGCAGCAUUCAGAUAUGUGUUCCAAAUAAUGGACCAGUACCUAGCAAGUGUAGUGAUAGUGCUCCAUAUUUUAAUGGCACGGAAUGCACUACGGAUGAGUCUCAGUGUUGUGAUCCAUGUAUACCUUUCUGCUCAGAACCCUACACACAGAUUCCUGACCCAACCGACUGUACUAACUUCUACUUCUGUGAAAGGAAGGAUUAUCCCAAGGAAACCAGUUUAUAUCACUGUGAUGAGGGUAAUUUUGAUGAAGAUAAGGGAAUAUGCUCAAAAGAUGCAGCGUGUUAUGAACCUUGUAAAGAUGUAGACACCGGGUCAACUUUUACCCCAACAACAACUACCCCUACAACUACACCUACAACAACCACUACAACAACCCCUACAACAACUACUACAACAACCCCUACAACUACAACAACCCCUACAACUACUACAACCCCUACAACUACUACAACCCCUACAACAACCCCUACGACAACUACUACAACCCCUACAACAGCCCCUACGACAACUACUACAACUACAACAACCCUACAACUACAACAACCCCUACAACUACUACAACAACCCCUACGACAACUACUACAACCCCUAUAACAACUCCUACAACAACCCCUACGACUACUACAACCCCUACGACUACUACAACCCCUACGACUACUACAACCCCUACGACUACUACAACCCCUACGACAACUAUUACAACACACCCUACGACAACUACUACAACCCCUACGACAACUACUACAACCCCUAAUAACAACUCCUACAACAACCCCUACGACUACUACAACCCCUACGACUACUACAACCCCUACGACUACUACAACCCCUACGACAACUAUUACAACCCCUACGACAACUACAACAACCCCUACAACUACAACAACCCCUACAACUACUACAACACCAACAACUACCACAGAACCUCCACAGUGUACUGAAACAUUCAGGUGUGAACGUAUAGGAAAUUUCCCCAAAUGUACUAACAGAUGUGAUCCCCAGUACUACAAAUGUUCAGCUAACAACAUAGGUUCAGUGGUGGAGGCGAGUACUUGUAGUAGUGAUAGAGUGUUUGAUCCCAUCUUAGGUUAUUGUGUAUCCCCCGACCAGUGUUCAUUCCCACUCAAUUCAUAGUAAAAAAAUAUAACUUAUCUUCAUAGCCAUCUUUUUUUUCUUUAAUGACACAAUAUGUUAUAUAAAUUGUUCAUAAUAUUAUUUGCUAUAAAGUAAAAGCAUAAGGUUCAGUUUGUGGUAGAUACAACAUAUGUUCAUGAACAUGGAGUUACUUUAUGGAUGAAUACAAUAGGAGUUUAUAUUGAGCUUGUUUAUGUAUAUUAUUGAAGUUCUGGGUAGAGUAAAAUUUAUCAA